AGCCCCAUCACACAAUGACCACUACCUUCGUAUGAUGGAGAAACAGCUCGAAGACAUGGAGCAGAAAGGGCUGAACUGCCGUCUUGCAGAAAGAGACACAUUCAUCAUCACCAUCAUUCAGAAUGCCAUGAUGGAAGGUCGAAUCCAGAAAACAACUUUCCAAGGAGACGCCACAGUGGAGAGCCUGGACCCUGACACUGUUAGCAAACUGCUGCACUACAUGGAUCUCACCAGCCAGGAGCAAGGCUUCACCAUGCUGGUUCUGAAGAAGAACCUUCGGGUCAGUGAGCGCUUCCCUUAUCCGGUCCGUGUUGAGGCGGUUUUGGAGCUCAUUGAUCAGUUCCCAGUGAGGAAGCUGGAGAAGAUGACCAGAAAAGGAUCCAACUUGAGGUGUAAAACCAGUAAAAAGAAGGUUGUGAUGAAAAGAAAAAAGAUGAAGAAGAAGAUGGUACUGAGCCCUCAGAGGCGAGGAAAUGUGACUUCCAUUGUGGCUUUACAAAGAAAACCUUCCGUGGACAAAAAAGCUGCCCUGAAGAGUAAGAUACAGGAUAUACUGAGCGGACGGUCGAGGUUUGUUAUCCGUAAGGUGUCUGCUGUGGGGUCCACGAGGGGAAAGGACUCCAGCAGUGGUGGUCGGGCCACUUCUAAUGUACAGCAAAGAGUGCAAAGCCCUCCAUCUGCGCCAAAUACCAACGAAGAAGUGAAGAAAAACAGGCCUGACUCUGCUGUGGAAGAAGGGAGGAAAACACAUGGCGGGAAAAACAAUGAAGAUAAAAAAGAGCAGAAUGCAAAGGAUGACACACAUGAAAAGCAGAGCUCUAAGAAAAAGGGUAAAGGGAAAAAAGGAAAGAAAGGGAAAGGAAGAGGGAAAAAGUCCAACAGAGAGGCCAAUGAGAAUGAUAAAACAGCCCUGAAGGAGUUUUUGGACCGUUUAAAGGGGUCAAGAAGGUUAAUGUUGAUCUCAACGCCCAGCAGAGAUGCAACACUGUACAUCCAGCAGAAAGACGACAACGAGAAGCAACAAUGUGACCUUGCUAUUAGGAAGAUCUCCGUGGUAACCGUUGUGGGAGAAGGAAGUGACGCCAUGCUCACGCUGCAACACCACCAGCUCGAGUCGGAGCCUCCACUCAGUGACCAAUCAGAACAUUUCUCAGAUUCAGGCCUGAUCUCUCUGUUGAGAGCAGAGCUCGGCCUGUCGUCCUCUGACCUUUUUUCCAUGACCGUCACAGACUACGACAUCAAGCCCAAUAGAGUCUUUGAGGCUCCUCCAUCGGGUACUGCUCUGUUUGAGUACAUUGACAACUUUCCCUCCAGGCGCUCAGAAAAAGAACAGGAAAGGAGGAGUCCUCCGUCCUGCCCCGGUGGCAAGCAAAAGCCUGGAACUGAGAAUCUACUGCUCAGGUUUAUGUCUAAGAGGAGACUGCUGCUCAUUUCUGCUCCCUCUGAGGACGACUACUUCUUCCAACAGCAGCUCUCUGCUCUCAGAGGACAGAAGUGUCACCUGGGCAUUCGCCACUUUGCAAUGCUGAAGCUGACUGGAACUGGAGACAAAGCCUCAGGAACUGUUGAGCUAUUUCCCCUAAACGGUCGUAGUCAGAGUGAAGUUGAGCCGUUAUCCCGUGACAUGGUCAACAAUCUGAGAGAACAGCUGAAGAUCAGUAAGGACUAUUUCAGCAUGCUGGUUGUGGGGAAGGACAGUGAUGUCAAGGCGUGGUUCCCAUCACCCAUGUGGUCCCUGGAUAACAUCUAUGACGUAGUGGACUCCACGGAGCAGCGCCUCCAGGAGGAGAAGCUGCAGAAGAGACUGGGGAUCCAGUGUCCUGAGGACAGAGGGGGAGACGCCAGCGAAGGGGGGCACUAUCCCGGCUAUGAUGAAGACGGGGCGUAGGAGACGUACUUGGUCAGAGGAAUGAUGAGAAAGAAGGAGGAAGAAGAAAGAUGAGACAGCAAAUACAUUGCACACACGUAAGCAAGCUAAUAAACAAAAAUCUCAAAUUCCUCUUCAGGACUCACGGGUGCAGGACUCACAUCUUCACCACAUUAAUAAAGCUGUAUAUUUUAUGUUUGCAAGAAAUACAUUUAAAAAGCAGAGCACACAAUAUUGGAAUGGUUUCAUUCAAGAAUUCUUAAUGAAAACACAUGUGCAUCCUUCAACUGUUUGAUUGUUUUUAGAAAAUAUGAUGAAGGCCUUCGCUAAUUACAGAAACAGCAAGAAAGUCCAUCCAAGGUCGAGCAGAUUGUGCUUUCUGGCAACACUUCUGUCCACUCUUUUUCAAACACUGUGUAAAGAAUAAAAAUGGAAAAUCACUUGUGAUGCUGAAAUUGAAACUUUACUUAAAUGAAACACAUGUUAUUUUCUUUAGAA